CUCAAAGGUUGUCGUCGUCCGUGUUGGAGACAUCAUCGUCUUCAAGUGUCACACCAUCUCUUUUCAUGAAGACAACAAAAUCAAAUUCACAUCCAGUGAUGGUGUCAGUCGCGGAAAGUCCUGUACCUACACCUACAUCAACGAGCGGAGGACCGAAGUCUUCAGACUUCAUGUCAUUCUCAUCACAUCCUGCAAGAAGUUCACCUUCAUCAUCAACAUCAAGGGUUCAGACAGUUCCGCCUUCAAACGUGCCAUCGCCCCAAACAAACAGAACAUCUUCAUAUACAUCAUCAGGACCAAUGCUGGCAACUUCCAAUACUAUAUCUUCUGAAUCACAUACUACAACUGGGACAACUUACAGCAGUUGGAUUUCAAGGACAACCACAGUGCCUAUCACCUCUAUAGCUACUUGGCUUACGACUUCAAAAUCAACGCACGGUUCACGUCGAAGCACACAAGUUCAAUUGAGCAAAACCAACUCCAUGUCUGAUUCAUCUUCUGGAUUACAAUUCACCACGUCUUCCUCACCAUUACUCACAACGCUAGGUCGGAUGCAGACAAGUACAGAAACUUCCUUGCCAUCGACAAAAAGGUCAUCUUCACUUCCACAAACGUAUCAGCCAUCACCUUCUAUGACAGGAACAUUAUCGCCGCCACUGACACACUCGACCACAGGAGGAAUACAUUCUGCAGGACACACGUCAUACUUGGCACGCUCAAGUCAAAGGUUGUCUUCGUCCUUGUUUGAAGCAUCAUCAUCUUCAAGCGUCACACCAUUUCAUCUCAUGAAGACAACAAAAUCAACUUCACAUCCAGUGACGGUGUCAUUCUCGCAAGGUACUGUACCUACACCUUCAUCACCUACAUCAACAAGCGGAGGACCGAAGUCUUCAGCCUUCAUGUCAUUCUCACCACAGUCUACAAGAAAUUCACCUUCAUCAUCAACAUCAAUGGUGCGGAGUGUUCCACCUUCAAACGUGCCAUCGCCCCAAACAAACAGAACAUCUUCAUAUAAAUCAUCAGGACCAAUGCUGGCAACUUCCAAUACUAUAUCUUCUGAAUCACAUACUACAACUGGGACAACUUACAGCAGUCGGAUUUCAAGGACAACCACAGUGCCUAUCACCUCUACAGCUACUUCGCUAACGACUUCAAAAUCAACGCACGGUUCACGUCGAAGCACACAAGUUCAAUUGAGCAAAACCAACUCCAUGUCUGAUUCAUCUUCUGGAUUACAAUUCACCACGUCUUCCUCACCAUUACUCACAACGCUAGGUCGGAUGCAGACAAGUACAGAAACUUCUUUGCCAUCCACGAAAAGGUCAUCUUCACUUCCACAAACGUAUCAGCCAUCACCUUCUAUGACAGGAACGUUAUCGCCGCCACUGACACACUCGACCACAGGAGGAAUACAUUCUGCAAGACACACGUCAUACUCGGCACGCCCAAGUCAAAGGUUGUCUUCGUCCUUGUUUGAAGCAUCAUCAUCUUCAAGCGUCACACCAUUUCAUCUCAUGAAGACAACAAAAUCAACUUCACAUCCAGUGACAGUGUCAUUCUCGCAAGGUACUGUACCUACACCUUCAUCACCUACAUCAACGAGCCGAGGACCGAAGUCUUCAGCCUUCAUGUCAUUCUCACCACAGUCUACAAGAAGUUCACCUUCAUCAUCAACAUCAAGGGUUCAGACAGUUCCGCCUUCAAACGUGCCAUCGCCCCGAACAAACAGAACAUCUUCAAAUAAAUCAUCAGGACCAAUGCUGGCAACUUCCAAUACUACAUCUUCUGAAUCACAUACUACAACUGGGACAACUUACAGCAGUCGGAUUUCAAGGAUAACCACAGUGCCUAUCACCUCUACAGCUACUUGGCUAACGACUUCAAAAUCAACGCACGGUUCACGUCGAAGCACUCAAGUUCAAUUGAGCAAAACCAACUACAUGUCUGAUUCAUCUUCUGGAUUACAAUUCACCACGUCUUCCUCACCAUUACUCACAACGCUAGGUCGGAUGCAGACAAGUACAGAAACUUCUUUGCCAUCCACGAAAAGGUCAUCUUCACUUCCACAAACGUAUCAGCCAUCACCUUCUAUGACAGGAACGUUAUCGCCGCCACUGACACACUCGACCACAGGAGGAAUACAUUCUGCAAGACACACGUCAUACUCGGCACGCCCAAGUCAAAGGUUGUCUUCGUCCUUGUUUGAAGCAUCAUCAUCUUCAAGCGUCACACCAUUUCAUCUCAUGAAGACAACAAAAUCAACUUCACAUCCAGUGACAGUGUCAUUCUCGCAAGGUACUGUACCUACACCUUCAUCACCUACAUCAACGAGCCGAGGACCGAAGUCUUCAGCCUUCAUGUCAUUCUCACCACAGUCUACAAGAAGUUCACCUUCAUCAUCAACAUCAAGGGUUCAAACAGUUCCGCCUUCAAACGUGCCAUCGCCCCGAACAAACAGAACAUCUUCAUAUAAAUCAUCAGGACCAAUGCUGGCAACUUCCAAUACUACAUCUUCUGAAUCACAUACUACAACUGGGACAACUUACAGCAGUCGGAUUUCAAGGAUAACCACAGUGCCUAUCACCUCUACAGCUACUUGGCUAACGACUUCAAAAUCAACGCACGGUUCACGUCGAAGCACACAAGUUCACUUGAGCAAAACCAACUCCAUGUCUGAUUCAUCUUCUGGAUUAAAAUACACCAUGUCUUCCUCACCAUUACUCACAACGUUAGGUCGAAUACUGGUUGCAAGUACAACAGCUUCUUUGCCAUCCACGAAAAGGUCAUCUUCACUUCCACAAAUGUAUCCGUCUUCCCCUUCUAUGACAGGAACAUUAUCGCCGCCACGCACACACUGGACCACAGGUGGGAUACAUUCUGCAAGACACACAUCAUACUCGACACGUCCACCUCAAAGGUCGUCUUCGUCCUUGUUUGAAGCAUCAUCAUCUUCAAGCGUCACACCAUUUCAUCUCAUGAAGACAACAAAACAAACUUCACAUCCAGUGACAGUGUCACCCUCGCAAGGUACUGUACCUACACCUUCAUCACCUACAUCAACGAGCGGAGGACCGAAGUCUUCAGCCUUCCUGUCAUUAUCACCACAGUCUACAAGAAGUUCACCUUCAUCAUUAACAUCAAUGAAGAGGACAGUUCCACCUUCAAACGUAACAUCGUUCCGUACAAACAGAAGCGGUGUAACCACACUUAGUAUCACUCCAUCUGCUGCUGAACAGUCUACCGGAACACCUGGAACACCAGUGAACAAGUUUUCAAUGUACUUUCCCACAGUUUCCAGACAAGCACCUGUUGAAGAAUCAACAUUUAACACAGGUAAAUCAGGCAACGACGAUGACAAGAUUGCGUUUAUACUCGAGGUGAUCACAAGUCUGACGGGAGCAACGCUUCUCAUACUGAUGGUGAUCACAACAGCUAUGUGUUUGUGUUUCAAGAAGAGGAUGAACGAGUUGAAACGGAAUUCUCGUCAUCGGAAUAAACUGUCAGAGACCAUGGCUUCAAAUCUGGAAUUAAAGAGACGCUCCGUUGUAUCUUUAGAAUCUGGAUAUUGUUCCAAUUCAAUAUCAUCUUGAUAUGGCUAAUUCAGCACAGUGCAUAUGACAGUUUUCUUGCUUCCCGCAUGUACAAACAGCUUUUACGGUGUGGACGAUGUAUGCUGAAUGAAUGCGAAACAGAAAUACACGCAGUCUUUGUGGACAUGGUUGCCUUAAGAGUGAGAAAACGUGAAGAUAUCACCCGAUUAAUAUCAUUAAACAGUGUACUGAUAACACAUAUUUUGACACCAGGUGUAAUUUUUCACAACAGUUGGUCAUUGGAACAGUGGCGCCAGCAGCGUCUGCCAUCUGUAGUUGGCAGUGUCUACUCAACACAUAACCGGGUAGGCACAACUAAUAUUUGCAAACCAACAGACAUGCAUAGACAAUACCCAGUUGUCGCAGCUGCCUGUCAUAAGACUCACUGACAUUUGCAUCGUCGUAGUGCAAGCAGCGUUACAUAUACAACACAACAUGCCCAAAGAUCAUCACAAUAUUCCUUGACGUGUCUACUUACGACUAUGAACUGUUUUGUAUAUGGGAGUAGCGGCCCUUGGACCAAGAGGACUGGGAUUGGAAACGUCAGCCCCGUGUCUGCUGAUACACAUGCGUCAGACAGAAUUCAAUGCAAAUUCAUCCUGUUUGUUUUCAAAUGUCUCAGUAACGUAGCUCCAAAAUAUCUGUCUGAUCUGAUCACCAGAUAUAAUCCCGACCGAAGUCUCUGGUCUGAAAAUCUUGGUCUUCCUGUUGUCCCACACUUUAAGCCCAGCACCAGGUUUGGGGAUCGAUCUGUUCAGGUGACCGGACCCACUCACUGGAAUCAACUUGGAAUUAAGGACCGUUAACAACCUGAGGAUUUUCAAAUCUAAAUUGAAAACAUACCUUUUUAAGAAAGCAUACAGAACUUUUCACUCUCGAGUUGUUCGGAGAGUGCUACUGAGCAGUACUUUUGGACUGGGACUGGCAAUGAUGAUGUAACCUGAGAGAACAAUAAACACUUAUUGUAUUUA